AUGAGCAACUUCUCUUUUCCUGAUUUUGACGACCUUCCAGUGGUCAAAGGCCAACCAAAAGGAUGCCUCUGGGGCUUUUUCGACGUUGAUGGACAGAAAGACCAGUUGGGAGCCCUGCGGCUCCUCACUAAGGAAGUUGUACAGAAGGCGAAAGACGAGAUACAAACCGGGACGCACGUGCAGCUCGACUGGCCACUUCAUAACAUCGAGUUUCCAGGCUUCGGACGAAUUCCACUGCAGCAUACCGUCAAGGACCUCGCCGAGGAAGGAUUUGUCGCCUUUGACGAUGUUAUAUCUUUCAACACGCAGACAAGCUCUUAG